AUGAUGCAGAGGAGGAAGAUAAAGGCUUUGUGUGUGCAAGAGACAAGGUGGAAGGGCAAUAAGGCAAAUAUGUUAGCUGAAGGCUAUAAGCUACUUUAUAGUAGUGCAAGCCCGAAAUCAAGAAAUGGAGUUGGAGUUAUUCUGCACAGAGAGCUUCAAGAAGAGGUAUGUGAAGUCAGCAGAGUAAAUGAUAGGAUCAUGUAUGUUAAGAUGAUGUUUGGCGGAGAAAUGGUAACAGUGCUGACAGCCUAUGCACCCCAAGCGGAAUGUUCGGAGGACGAGAAGGAAAAAUUUUGGAGAGAUUUGGAUGGAGUAAUGGUCGGAAUACCAGAGAUUGAAAGAGUGAUAGUCGGAGGGGAUCUAAAUGGUCAUGUUAGCGGAAGGAAAGGUGGGGAAGAGAGGUGGCAUGGAGGAUGGGGGUAUGGCGAGAGAAAUGAGGAAGGAAAAAAGAUAGUGGAGUUUGCAGUGGCUUUUUAUCUAGUGAUUACGAAUACCUCAUUCCAAAGAAAGAGAGAAAAACUAAUAACAUACAGGAGUGGCGAAAAUAAAAGCCAAAUAGAUUACAUAUUAUGUAGAAGGAAAAAUAAUGAGGAGGUUCGAAAUACUAAGGUCAUAUACGGUGAAGGAAUAGCAACACAACAUCAGUUGAUUGUAGCGGAUUGUGAGAUGAAAGUAUGUAAAAGACAGAGGUACAUAAAUCAAUGUGAAAGGAAAAUUAAGUGGUGGAGAUUAAAGGACAAAAAUUUGAGAGAGGAGUUUAGUGAAAAAGUACUGGGUAAGGUAAAAUUGGCAGAGAGUGUGCAGGAGUGGUGGAAAAUAAAUAGUGCUGUUAUAAGGAAGACCGGGGAGGAAGUGUUUGGGUUAACAUCUGGGAAAGGGGUGCCAAAAGAUAAGGAAGCAUGGUGGUGGAAUGAAGAGGUGCAGAAUGUUGUGAAGGAAAAGAAAGACGCUAAGAGGAAGUGGGAUAUGUCCGGAAGUGCUGAGGAUGGGCAAGCAUAUAAAAGUGCAAAGAAGGAGGGAAAACGAGCCGUGGCUAAUGCUAAAGCUGAAUCAGUAAGGGAGCCAUACGAACAACUACAGAAAAAUCAGGAUAUGAGACAACUGAUACGGAUAGGUAAAUCAAGAGAUAAAGCUUCUAAGGAUCUAACAGCAAUUAAACAAAUGAAAGAUGAAACAGGAAUAAUUCUGCAUGACCAUGGAGAAAUAAUCCAAAGCUGGUUGAAUUAUUUUGAGAAAUUGCUGAAUGAAGAAAAUGUAAGAGUGAACACUGAGGAAGGAGGGUCAAACGAAGGAUUAACGAUGGAUAUAAGUAGAGAUGAAGCCGAAUGGGCAGUUGAAAACAUGAAAAAUGGGAAGGCAGUUGGCCUAGACCAGAUCCCCGUUGAGGUAUGGAAGUAUCUCGGUAAAAAGGGAAUUGAUCUCCUUUGGGAUUUAAUGAGGAAGAUUUGGCGACAGGAGGAGAUGCCAGACGAGUGGAGAACUAGUGCACUGAUCCCAAUAUUUAAGGGGAAAGGUAUUGUGCAGGACUGCAGUAACUAUAGAGGUAUUAAACUGAUGGCACAUACAAUGAAAAUUUGGGAAAGAGUUAUAGAAGCAAGAUUACGCAAGGAGACUGUGGUGUGUGAAGAACAGUUUGGGUUCAUGCCUGGAAGAAGAACGACUGAUGCAAUACAUGCUUUAAGGCGGAUAGUGGAGGGACACGGGGAGCUACAAGCCGAUCUACAUAUGGCUUUCUUUGAUUUGCAGAAAACAUAUGACAAGAGUCCCAAGGGACGAAAUAUGGAGAGGCUUGAGAGAGCAGUGCGUGCCAGAGAAGUAUGUUAG